AUGGGGCCGGGCGCCAGACCCCCGCCCCUGGCCGCCUGCCUCCUGCUGCUGCUUACCUGCCCAGGCUCCUGGGGAGGGGUCUACCAGCGCCGGCUGCUGAAGGACUUGAUGGAGGACUACACCCCCUUGGAAAGGCCGGUGAGCGACGACGCCCAGCCCCUGACGGUCCACUUCACUCUCAGCCUCAUGCAAAUUAUGGACGUGGACGAGAAGAAUCAAGUUUUGACCACCAACGUCUGGCUCCAGAUGUACUGGUACGAUCACUAUCUGCGAUGGAACGAAUCGGAAUACCCCGGCGUGAAGACCCUUCGUUUCACCGCCGACCGGAUCUGGAAGCCCGACAUCCUCUUGUACAACAGUGCCAACGAAGACUUUGAUUCCACUUUCCACUCCCACAUCCUGGUCAACUCCAGCGGCUACUGCCAGUGGCUGCCCCCAGGCAUCUUGAAGAGCACGUGCCGGAUUGACGUCCGCUGGUUCCCCUUCGACACCCAGAAGUGCGACCUGAAAUUCGGCUCUUGGACUUAUGACGGGUGGCUGCUGGACUUGCACAUGAAGGACGCGGACACGUCCGGCUACGUAGCCAAUGGAGAGUGGGACCUCGUGGGUGUUCCCGGCAGCGAGAACAAAGUCUUCUACGAAUGUUGCCGGGAGCCCUACCUGGACGUCACCUUUGCGGUGACCAUGCGCCGCAGGACCUUGUACUACGCGCUCAACAUGUUGGUGCCCUGCCUCCUGCUCUCCGCCAUGACCUUCCUCGUCUUCCUGCUCCCGGCUGACUCCGGGGAGAAGAUUUCUCUGGGGAUCACGGUGCUUCUGUCGCUCACGGUCUUCAUGCUGCUGGUGGCGGAGGUCAUGCCGGCCACGUCUGACUCCGUCCCGCUCAUCGGGCAAUACUUUGCCAGCACCAUGGGAAUGGUCGGCCUGUCUGUGGUCGCCACGGUCUUUGUGCUCCAGUACCAUCACCAUGACCCCGAUGGCGGCUGCAUGCCCAGAUGGGUGCAGGUGGUGGUGUUGCGUUGGGGUGCGUGGCUGCUGCGCAUGCGCCAACCUGGAGAGGAGCCCGUGGGGCGACCCCGCUGCGCUGCCAGCCUGCUGAGCUGCAGUUCCGAUGACAGCCAAGGCAGCGCCACGCCGAAACCGCAAGUCUCGCCGGCAGUCGCCAACGGCAACCUUCCUUAUGCUGGCGGCCCGGCGGCACUGCUCCCCACCAAGCCCCCCGAGGUGCCGCGGCCUUUCCUGCCGUCGCCGGAGGCGCGGGCCUCCACCCCGGAGGAGCUGCUGGGCGCCCCCGAACUGGGCCACAUCCUGGAGGAGCUCCGCUACGUGGCGCAGUGCUUCCGGGGGCGGGAUGCCGCCCAGGCCGCCUGCAGCCAAUGGAAAUUCGCCGCAGCCGUCCUCGACCGCCUCUGUCUGGUCACCUUCGCCCUCAUCCACAUUGUCUGCUCCAUCGGGAUCCUCAUGGCGGCCCCCAACUUCGCCGAGGCCAUCACCAAGGACUUCCUGUGAAGCCCCGGCAAUGGGCUCCCAUGAAGCGCCGUGGUGGC